AUGUCAUACUGGAGGAUAGCUGGUGUUGUCCUGACCGUCGCGGCUUGCUGUCUCGCUGCUGACCAAGAUAUCCUCACCAUCUUGAGGCAACAGCGUGGCAUUGCCAGCUUCAUCGGUUUUCUGGAGCAAUAUGACGACCUGGUGGACAUUUUGAACCAGGGGACUUUCAGCGGUACACAACCUUGCCAUGGGCGCGUGCACAAUGACCACUAA